CGGCGCCAUGGUAUUGCGGCGCAGCGGCUGUGAGGAGAAGCUGGCGGCAGCGGCGGCAGGGCGCGUUCCGCUGAGGCGGCUCUGACCACCAGGAUCUCCCCUUCUUCCCUCUCCGCUAUGUCCGAGGCGGCCGUGGCCGACACGCGGCGCCUCAACUCGAAGCCGCAGGACCUGACGGACGCCUACGGGCCGCCCAGCAACUUCCUGGAGAUCGACAUCUUCAACCCGCAGACCGUGGGCGUCGGGCGGGCCAGAUACACAAGCUACGAGCUCCGCAUGAGGACAAAUCUGCCAAUCUUCAAACUGAAAGAGUCCUGUGUGAGGCGACGGUAUAGUGACUUUGAAUGGCUGAAAAAUGAGCUGGAGCGUGACAGUAAGAUUGUAGUGCCUCCACUGCCUGGCAAAGCCUUGAAGCGCCAGCUUCCUUUCCGAGGAGAUGAGGGCAUCUUUGAGGAGUCCUUCAUAGAAGAAAGAAGACAGGGCUUAGAACAGUUCAUAAACAAAAUUGCUGGACACCCACUGGCACAGAACGAGCGCUGCUUACACAUGUUCCUGCAGGAGGAGACCAUCGAUAGAAAUUACAUCCCAGGGAAAGUCCGUCAGUAGGGGAGUCUGGCAUUCUCCAUUUUCUCUCCCCGUGCAAAAAUGACAUUUAUUUUUACACUUCCCCUCUUCCGAACCAGCUUUUUUCUCUUUAAACCUCCUCACUUGUCUAGUGUGCCCACCACGCCAUCCCACCCCACCCCACCCCUUGUUAGGAAGCAGCGUUGAGUUCUGUUGGUCUUUGGUCUCUGCAUAAAAAGGUGAGAACCUGGGAAGAGCUUGUACCUAUUGGUGGAUAGGUAAAGCUUGCUGAAAAGCUGGAGACUAGUGUAAGGUAUUGCAGCGUACAUCAGAGCUGCUUUUCUUCCUUGGUGUAAGAAUAUGGAGGAUUAUCCAGCAUGUGUAAGUGUGCUCCUUGCCACAGGUUUCCUAGGGAAAUCAUGGUACUGAGGCUCCUUUUCUUGGCUAUUGCAGAGAUGUUUCAGCGGUUUUUUGUUAGCAUUUGUGCCCAUCAUCCCAGAUUGAUUAAAAGUGGGAAGCAAAAAAUGUUUUUCCCAUAACUUGCUAGGAGGGUACUGUAGACCAAAAGCAGUUUGGAAGCUCCCUUUAUUGAGCAGUAAUGCCUUCUGAGGAACUUCAAGUGACCCCUCCAGUAUGCCUUGAGGUUUUACCUGCUAAUCCUACCCCAAUAACCUUUGGGCUUUGUAGAGUUAGAGGCAGACUUGAUUCCCAAAGAGCAAGGCACGCUUUGGGGGCCACAACUUCUGGUAGCAGAAUGGCUCCUUGUAAAUGCAUGGGCAAAGCAAACAGUGGCAUCUCAGAAGCAGGGUUCAUGUUGAGGACUGGGCAGGAAAGGUUUGGUGGCUGGCUCUUGAUGGUGAAACCUGUAGAGCACUGUUUUCUCUGAGGAUUGCACCUUGGCAAGUUAACAGGUGGAGCAAGUGGAACCUAAACUAAGGGAUGUUUCGCAUGCCGCUUCUGUGUUCAAUGGAUACCUUCAACUGACCUCUUCUCUGUGUCCAUUUGGGGUUAUGGUGCAAAGUUCCCUACCGUUUGUUUAAUAUUUAAUCUGUCGGGAGGUCUUGCAGAUGACCAUGGUAUCUGUACAGCCUCUUUGUUUGACCUGAACAAGAAACUUUGUGAUCCCUCCAAAACUCUGGCCUGUAAGAGGUGGGGGCAGGGGGCAGGAAGGGAGUCAUAUCAAUCUAAGUAAUAAAGUGACUGUAAUCACAAAGUUCCCUGUUCUGAAGUUUGCACUAUUUGGAGUGAGCAGUACAAGUGUGUCUUGGAGGGGAGAAAGAACUGGUAUAUACAAUUCAUGUUUCAGGCAAGAGAUUGUGAAUAUACACUACCCACCUAUGGGGUAACUGGAUAGCAGAAAACUCUCUGCCCUGGGCUCCCAAAGCAAUGGCUAUGCAGAAACUGUCUCUGCACGGACCACUCUCACCUGCUGCUGGAGAGGUGCUAACAUUCCUACUGGAAGCGGCCUGCUGCUGCCUCGUGGAUCUGCAUUAGCUAUGAGUUCUUAAAAUUCCUUCAUUUGGUGCACAAGUCUGGAGAUCAGAGGCUCUUGCUGCUGUAUGUGUGUUUUUGUGUGUGUGUGUGUCUAUAUAUACACACACACACACAUAUCCAUACUGAUGUGGGGUUUAUAAUUCAGCAAACUAUGUCUUCAGUUUACUGUUUUAUGUAAUGUCCAAGACUUGUUCAUAUUAAACCACUGUGAAGCCAA